GGGAAGUUGAUCUGAACAAAAUGGACUCCGAUGAGAUUCUGGAUAAAGAUGGCUCAACAAGCCUCGUUACGGGACAAGGCGACUCGGAUCCCGAGGAAAAAUAUCCAAACAGACCACGGAACAAUUCACCGACGCUACCCUUUCACGAGCUAUUCCAGACCCUCUUCAACCCGCUAAGCGAAAUCAAGAAGAAACCAGCCGGCGCCGUCGCAGGGCGUCGCAAACUCGGCCCGCACGGCCAGUCCAGCGCGAAUUUGAACCCGUUCGAACGCCGCCGCGAUGUGAUCGAGCGGUUCAUCUCGCGAUGGCGAAAAGAGGUCGGCGACGACAUCUACCCCGCAUUCCGCCUGAUUCUGCCCGACAAGGAUCGGGACCGGGCGAUGUACGGGAUCAAGGAAAAGGUGAUCGGGAAGAUGUUGGUCAAGAUUAUGAAGAUCGACAAGAACUCCGAGGACGGGUUCAACCUGUUGAAUUGGAAGCUUCCCGGGCAAGCAGGCGCGUCUAGCAUGGCGGGUGAUUUCGCGGGCCGGUGCUACGAUGUGCUCUCGAAGCGGCCGAUGCGGACGGAGGUGGGAGACAUGAGCAUCGAGGAGGUGAACGGGAAGCUUGAUCAGCUUGCGGCGGCGACGAAGGAAGACGAGCAGCUGCCGAUUAUGGCGGAGUUCUACAGACGGAUGAGCCCCGAGGAGCUCAUGUGGCUGGUCCGGAUCAUCCUUCGGCAGAUGAAGGUCGGGGCGACGGAGCGGACGCUUUUCAAUGCCUGGCAUCCGGACGCUGAGAGUCUGUACAGCAUAUCUAGUAGUCUCCGGCGGGUUUGCUGGGAGCUGCAUGAUCCUAAUAUUCGGCUGGAGGACGAGGAUAGGGGGAUUUCGCUGAUGCAGUGCUACCAGCCGCAGCUGGCGCAGUUUCAGAUGCAUUCGCUGGAUCGGAUGAUAAGUCGCAUGAAACUCACAGAAGACGAUCCGGUGUUUUGGAUCGAGGAGAAGUUAGAUGGAGAGCGGAUGCAGCUCCACAUGGAUACCGACGAGUCGGUGCCAGGAGGGAGGAAAUUCGGCUUCUGGUCGAGGAAAGCCAAGGACUAUACGUAUCUCUACGGGAAUGGCGUCCACGACGAGAACGGCUCGUUGACGAGACAUCUCGAUGACGCGUUUGCGGACGGUGUCCAAAGUCUUAUCCUCGACGGUGAGAUGAUUACCUGGGAUCCCGAGCAAGAUGCGCCGGCGCCGUUCGGCACGCUUAAGACGGCUGCCCUAGCUGAACAGCGGAAUCCGUUCUCGAGUGGCACUCGGCCACUGUACCGAAUUUUUGACAUCCUCCACUUGAAUGGGCGAGACCUGACAAGGUAUACCCUCCGUGACCGGCGAAACGCGCUGCAAAAGAGCAUCAAGCCCGUCCACCGCCGAUUUGAGAUCCAUCCCUACGAAGAAGCCACAGGAAAAGCCGAGGUGGAGGCGUCCCUUCGGAGGGUCGUCGCAGAGGCAUCUGAAGGUCUGGUGCUGAAGAACCCCAGGUCUCCCUAUCGUCUGAACGAAAGACACGACGACUGGAUGAAAGUCAAACCCGAGUAUAUGACCGAGUUUGGGGAGUCACUCGACCUGGUGGUGAUCGGAGGAUACUACGGGUCUGGCCACCGCGGCGGCGGCCUGGCAAGCUUCUUGUGUGGACUGAGGGCCGACGAUUCCUCUUCUUCACAGAACUCAGGCGAGACGAAAUGCUAUUCCUUCUGCAAGGUGGGAGGAGGCUUCAAUGCGGCCGACUACGCAAAUAUCCGACACCACACGGACGGCAAGUGGCACGAAUGGAAUCCCAAGAAACCGCCCACGACAUACAUGGAGCUGGCCGGCGGGGACGCUCAGCAUGAACGACCAGACAUGUGGAUCAAGCCUGAAGACUCGGUCGUUCUCUGUGUGAAAGCGGCCUCCGUUUCAGUUAGUGACCAAUUCCGGCUCGGGCUGACGUUGCGUUUCCCGCGGUUCAAGAGACUCCGAAUGGACAAGGACUGGAAAAGCGCAUUGUCCGUGCAGGAGUUCCUUGAUCUGAAGUCCAGCGUGGAAGAGGACCGAAAGAAUCAGGAAUUCAAUGUCGACGAUUCCCGCAGGAAACGGGUCAAGCGGUCGACCAAGAAACCCCUGACCAUCGCAGGGUACGAUGAGAAUGCAGAGGCCAAGUAUGUGGGACCAUCUGGGCAUAUCUUUGACGGGCUCAAUUUCUAUAUUGUGACUGAAUCGGGUGCCCCCGUCAAGAAGUCCAAGGCAGAGCUGGAGCAGCUUGUCAAGGCCAACGGGGCCAAGUUCUACCAGACGAAUAGUGCAGCCGCGGACACUAUUUGCGUCGCUGAUCGAAGAACGGUGAAAGCCGCCUCAUUGCAGAAGCAGGGCACGGUGGAUAUAAUCCGUCCGUCGUGGAUACUGGACUGUAUUCGGCAGAGCGAAAUCGACGCUGGUCUCCCUGAUCUUCUACUGCCUUUCGAACCAAGACACCUCUUUUUCGCCACACAAGACAGAGAAGAAGAGGCCGCAGCGAACGUCGACCGCUUCAAUGACAGCUAUGCCCGCGACACCACCAAAGAAGAACUCCGCGACAUCCUCAACCAAAUGAUCAAAGACCCCAACAUCGACAACACCCAACCCCACGAAACCAUCCGCAAAAUCACCUCCCAAAUCCAAGAGAAAGUCACCUCGGGUUGGGAAAUGCCGCUAGGCUGGCUCUUCAAGGGCCUCACCAUCUCCAUGCCCCAGCGGGACGAACCCGACGGGUCCGCUCAACAGUUGCGCCUUCGUCUAGCCAGUAACACGGCCAGUUUCGCAGGGGCUCAUAUGGUGUCCUCCUCCUUGUCCUCCCCUUCGCAAGAUCCCCGGGUCACCCACAUCGUCGUGGACACGCACAGCACGGCCUCUGACAUUUCUUCCAUCCGCACGUCAUUAUCCGCUAGAGCGUCUGGCAAGAUACCGCAUCUUGUCACGGUGGAAUGGAUCGAAGAGAGCUGGAAGCAGCGAACGCUGCUGGAUGAAGAGCGUGUCUAUGAUCCAAAUUCUGACCAUCGCCGUAAAGGCGUGUACAAGAAAGACACGGAUGCGCUCAAGACUAAGAACACGACCUUAUUGACUUUGAUUCAAGCUUUACUCAACUUUGAGGAGGAGGAGGAUGCCUUCGACUUGGUUCGGCAGAUCCGCUCUUGCGAUAACUUGGAAGACGUUGCGCAGUCCAUCGUCAGUCAGGAAAGGGGCAGCAUGCGUGCUUCAAGGGAAGCCACCUCCAACGAGGACGGGACGAUGGCGCAAGCCGACCAAUUCGAGUCCGAACUGGCCGGGAAGGUGGGCGAGUUGGUCCUGGAUGGUUCCCGCAAGUUCAUUGGGGGAACGUCAAAUCUCAUCUUUCUGCCGGUGGGGUCGGAGUUGAACGAAUCUGGCUCGGGCUUCGAAGGCCCGAUUUUGGGUCAGACGCCCGAUUUCUCUGUGACGCGGUGGACAAGAGUCACCCAGAACGAACAGCUGGUCAGCCACCUAAUGACCAUGUAUUUCACUUGGCACUAUCCUUUCUUUACCACCCUGUCCAAGGAUCUCUUCUACCGCGAUUUUGUGCGAGGGGUUUCUAGUCAGUACUGCUCGUCGUUGCUGGUCAACGCGAUGUUAGCCUUGGGUUGUCACUUUUCUACCUGGGAAGGGGCCUGGGAAGACCCGCUCAACUCGGCAACGGCAGGCGACCACUUUUUCAAGGAGGCCAAAAGUCUGUUAUUCGAGAACGAUGAACUGGCAAAGGCAAAGCUGUGUACGGUCCAGGCCCUGGCACUCAUGUCGGUCCGGGAGGCUGGCUGCGGUCGGGAGGGCCGGGGUUGGUUUUACAGUGGCAUGAGCUUUCGCAUGGCGCUCGAUCUAGGUCUGAACCUCGAUGCACCUAGCAUUGGAUCGCGGAGUCUCGAUGAAGAUGAGAUUGACGCCCGUCGGAUCACGUUUUGGGGCUGUUUCCUGUUCGACAAGUGCUGGUCUAAUUAUCUCGGUCGUCAACCACAACUGCCGUCUGCCAAUGUCAGCGUUCCCAAGUUUGACGUUAUGAUGAACGAAGAAGCAGAGUUGUGGUCUCCCUACACCGACUCCGGUCCGAGUCGCGAGCAUACGCAGCCCUCCCGCACCAGAGCCGUUGCUCUACAAAUUUCCAAGCUGAGCGAGAUCAGCGGCGACUUGAUCGCGUUUUUCUACGACCCCACGCCUAGAGAUAAAGCAGCGUCCAAACAAUUAGAAAUAAAGAGACUAAGUGAGAUUCAUACACGACUUGAAGCCUGGAAGAAGGGUCUACCCAAGGAGUUAGAAGCGAAAGAGGGACAGCUUCCCCAGGUUCUGUUGAUGCACAUGUUCUAUCAACUUCUCUUCAUACACCUCUACCGCCCUUUUCUCAAGUACACCAAGUCAAACUCACCUCUACCACCUCACGUCUCCCCACGCAAGCUCUGCACGCAAGCAGCUUCGGUCAUCUCGAAACUCCUCCGGACGUAUAAACGUACAUACGGAUUUAAGCAAAUCUGCAACAUCGUCGUAUAUAUCGCACACACCACCUGCACCGUUCAUCUCCUCAACCUCCCGGAAAAGAACGCCCAACGAGAUGUCAUUCACGCUCUGCGUCAUCUCGAAGAGAUGGGCGAAUGCUGGCCCUGUGCCCGACGCACGCUCCGAAUCCUCGACAUAUCCGCGCACAAAUGGCAAGUGGAACUCCCCGACGAAGCCGUGACCAUCUUCGAGCAGACGCACGCGCGCUGGGGAUCGUGGGGAUCGUGGGACCAGGGCGCCUCUCCCUCCUCCGUCGAGGAAAGCCCACCCGCAGUAAUCAGCCACCCCGCCGCAAUCCCCAACACCUACCACCCACCGCCCGAUAUGCUCUACCGCGAACCUACCACCACCUCUUCGCCCAUGCAAGGCGUUCCUCCUCCUCCCCCUCCCACAUCCGUCGGCUCCAUGGCCCUGCCAUACCCACCCGGACUCCCAAUGCCCGUCUCGGUGCCAUCGAUGCGCGAAGCUCAGCGGUCACUAGGGGCACACCUGGCCCGUCCGAACGCACCGCUCCCAGAGCCCACCUAUCUCCGUCCCGUGGCACACCCCUACACUAAUAACCCCAUCCCAUAUAUCCCAUUCACACAACCCGAGGCCUGCUCAACCCCCGUAUCCGGCUUCGAAGGACCCGAGGACCCAAUCGACGAGACCCAAGCCUGGUGGCCACCAGACCCCAACACGAUGGAUUUUGGAAUGGGCGGUAAUUGGCCAUUAUAA